GUCCUAGUUGCCAUGUCUGAGAUUGCCAGGAUGUCGUCCAAAUCCAAGCGCCUCGGCUUUGGUCGAGCCUGUAACGCCUGUCGGAAACGCAAGCAUCGCUGUGACGCUAUCGAGCCUCAGUGUUCUGGUUGCCGCAGUCGAGGCAGCGCUUGCGAAUAUUCCCUCAAGAGAGCCCUGUCGGUCAAUUGUCACGUCUGCAGUCCACUAACGCAUGCAGGGGCAUUGUCCAUGGUCGGGAGGAGAGCCUCGAAUAUGGCCAGGCGACAGUCCUCGACCCUUCCGAAGUGCCCUACCCGGCUUUGUCUAUGCGCCGCUACAGGUCGCGGCUCAACCCGGUUACAUGACGUAGACUCUCUGGCAGUUCGAUGCAGGAAGACCAUGCCCAGGGAGCCGACGACCCCGACCAAUCCAGCACUCCCUUCCCACCAACCGCCGCCCAAUUGACUAACCCGAGCGGGUACUUUGGAGACUCUUCAGCCAUCACCUUUGUGUCAGCAACCCGAAAUGGCGAACAAGGCUCUCUGGUGGGUGAUGAGGACGAGCCUUCUCCUCCGGACGAUAAUGCCACUCACUAUGCGUCGUCGCCUCGAGAAGGUCUCGAGCAUCUCAAGCUACUGCCAGAUAGGUCUGAAGGAAAUCAACUCGUCGACGCAUACUUUGCUCGCGUCCACCUGCUCUACCCAUUCGUGCACGAGACGAGCUUCCGCUCGCACUAUGAGCAGACCUGGAUCGACCAAGGACCGCUGGAUGUUGCUUGGCUAGCCGUAGUCAACAUAGUAUUUGCUUAUGGGUGCGAGUUUUGCCCGUGGCCAGAAGGUGUCGACCCGGUCCAACGAGCAUCCCGGUUCGUGGAACGGGCGAAACACAUCAUCCUGUGUCAAGUCUUUACAGCGGCGAGCUUGCAUCUGUCCCAGGCCCUACUCCUACUGUGCCACUAUCUCCAAGGUGCCCUCGAAUUAAACGAGGCAUGGAACUUCUUUGGUCUUACUAUUAGAAGCGCCAUGAGCAUUGGCCUUCAUAUCAACCCGCCGGAUGACGAUACCUUGACAACGGUAGAUCGUGAGAUCAGGAAACGCAUUUGGUGGGGCUGCUUUGUGCUGGAUCGUACCUUGAGCAUGAGGUUUGGUCGACCACCAUCAAUCAUGUUGGCUGAUGCUUUCGACGUGGACCUCCCAGCAGAGACCAUUGGACUGUCGGGGGUCAUUGACAACAUUAUGAGCAUGUUGUAUCUCAAAAGCCGUAAACCCGGUGGCAGUCCCGGAACGCCAAUGGCAAUACAAGAAGAUUUCCAUUUGCUCGGGAAUAUGUUGCUACUAGAUGGACAGCUCCAGUCAUGGUGGAACAGCGUGCCUAACCACCUAACUAAAUCCUCAGAGUUGUCAGAAGGUAUCGACCUGACUCGACAACGAAAUGUCCUCUACAUCCGAUACGUGCAAAUGAGGCUGCUCCUGUUACGCCCUUCAGUACUCCUUCUAGGCAAGGAAAAUUUCCAAGACCGCUUCUUGCAUACAGUCGCAACCGAGUGCGCGAAGCGCUGCGUGUCCGCUGCGCAAGAAACGAUUCAGCUCAUCCACCAAAAAUAUCCCCAACAGCAGCUCCAUUCCGUUUGGUACAUCCUACAUUACAUUUUCUCCUCCUUGGGAGUCCUGAUAGCAGCGGAAAGGUUAGGGGUGUCGGCGAGCUGGGACUCCAGCAGUCGCCCUGUCUCGGCAAUUCUUGACGAAGGAAUGGAGUUCCUUCGCUCUGCAAAUAAGCAGAGCAGCAUCGCCCACCGUUACGUGCUGCUCCUUGGUCGACAUCGUGAUCAGCUGAAUAGCAACCACAACAGCAACAACACCGUGAGGAGCUCGGGUCCUGGUGGCAAGGAUGUCCUACAACCCGACCUCCCAGCGCAAGUCAAUCUCGAAAAUGGACAGGCUGGCUAUGAGCCCCCGAGUAUGAGCUUUCCUGAUCCCAACGACUUUCUAUUCGGUAUGGGAGUUCCGCAGGACUUUUUGACGACAGAUUGGCUCCCAGACGACGCGUGGACUACUUGA